AUGUCUCAAGAUUUCCAACCUUUAUUUGAAACAACUCCAUAUUUCAAUUCACAAAUGUUAAAUAAUAUUCCAAUGAUUAACGGGAAUAAUACCAACAACAAUAAUAGUGGUACAGAUAACACCGCCACAACCACCAUCAACACCAACACCAACACCAACACGGGUAACAAUAAUCCACCUAAUGUUAAUGAAACAAUUGAUUUGCUUUCAUUCCCAGAAACAACUCAUUUAAGUGAUGAAAUAUUUUUCAAUAAUUAUCAAUUCAAUUCUCAAUUAGGGUCAGAAUCUAAUUACAAUUCCCUUUUGUCACAACAACAACAGCAGCAACAACAACAACAAUUUUUAUAUAAUCAACAGCCACAACCACAAUCAUAUCAGCAAGAUCAGAGAAUCAAUCAGAUAAAUAGUGCUACUUCGGCACAUUCAUUUGAUAAUGAAUUGGCUAGUAAUAUAUCAUCAAAUUCAUUAAACACGUAUUUUUCAAACCCAAAUGCGUCUUCAUCAGCUUCAUCAUCGUCAUCAUCACUGUCAUUUUCUUCUGGUUCCACAAAUAACAACAAUGGCAAUGGCAACACUGGUAACAACAACAACAACAACAACAACAAUCAAGCGACUUCAAAAGUACCUACUACGCCACAACAAUUUAUCCAUCAUGGUAGACAAAAUUCAACUUCAAUUCCCAUUGAUCAAUUGACAUUAUUAUCUUUAAGAACUCCUGGUACAACAAAACCAAUAAAUAAUCAAUUGAUUCCCCAAAAUCAAUUCAACAAUUUACAACAACCAAAUUUUGAUAGUUAUUCACCAACUUCACAACCAUCAUUGCAACUGCAAAACCCAAAUCAAUUAAAACAAGGUUUCCAACCAAUAUCAUCGACAAAUUCUGCUUUAGUGAAUAACGUUAGUGUGGAUGCAAAUACUAUUGCUGCUGCUGUGGCUGCUGCCACUGCUGCUACUGAAGAUAUUACUGCUGGUCCAGUACUUGAAGAAGGUACAAUAAAUCCUCGUCAACUUUUCAAUAAUAAACUAGGGACUUCAAUGAGUUCUCCAAGUUUGUCAACAUUAUUUGUAAAUAAUCGUUCACAACAGCAGCCACCACAGCAACAACAAAAUAUCCAAUCUUUACCAACAUCGGCAAUACCACCAGAUCAACAAUCCAUACAACAAUUGGCAAUGCUACAAUUACAACAACAACAACAACAACAACAAGUACCUGUAAGUCAUAAACGAAGCAGUUCUACUCCACAUUUUGAUUUCAAAAUAAAUGAUGACUUUACAAAUUCUAUAUCAACUUGGUUUAAUAAUCAAAAUGGAUUUGAUCCUAAUCAAAUAGAAGAGGAAGAAAAUAAUAACAAUAAUAAUAAUAAAUUAUUUGUUAAUCCAAAUGGAAUACUUAAACCUCAUACUAAAAGUAGAAAUCAUUCUUAUUCUAGUGGUGUAAUGCAUUCUAGUCGAGGUACUAGUAGAAGAAAUUCUGUUCAAUUAUUAAAUAAUAACAACAACGGGAACACUAAUGGCAAUGGCAAUGGCAAUGGGGGUAAUAAUGUAGUUACCACCAUUACCAAUGGAUUAACUACAAAUUCAUUACAUGGAUCCCCAAUUACUUUAACAACAGCACAUUUUGAAAAUAUUAAUGAAGAAAAUGAUAGUAUUAAUGAUACAAGUAUUGAUAUUAAUAACAUUGGUAUAACCACCAAAUCUAAAUCUAUAACUACUAGUGUUGAUGGAGAUGGUGAUGGAGAUGCUAAACAUAGUAGAAAAAGAAGAAAAAGUUCAUCAGCAAUUAAUAUGGGUGAAUCUUCUAUUGGUCCAUUAUCUGAUUCUCCUUCAAUUUCACCUACUAAUAGUAAUACCAAUAAUGGUACAACUACUGGAACUACUGCUGCUACCACCACCGCCACCAAAAAUUUUACUAAAGAAGAAUCAAUGAAAAAGAAAUCCACAUCUACAUCCACUAACACCGGUACUACUACUACCAAAAAUGAACGUAAAAAAUCAUCAACCAAUACCCAUAAUAAUGUAUCACCUAAUGGUUCUAAUAAUAAUUCUCAAGCAUCAUUUUCAUGUAAUGAAUGUGAUAAGCAAUUUAAACGUUCAGAACAUUUAAAAAGACAUCAAAGAUCAGUUCAUUCUAAUGAUCGUCCAUUUGCUUGUAAAUAUUGUGAAAAAAAAUUUAGUCGAUCAGAUAAUUUAGCUCAACAUUUAAAAACUCAUAGUAAAAUUGAUUCUAAUGGUAAUUCAAUAAUUGUUUAUGGAAAUCCUAGUAAUCAUGGAAGAAAAGAUAAAAAAAAAUCUGUAUAA